AUGGAGUAUAAGCAUUUCAGCCACCCUCACACACUAAACCUGUUCAAGGUGCAAGAAGGGCAGCAAUGUCGCUGCCAUGGCUGCCAAUCCCUCUGCUACGACUCCGUCUACGCCUGCCGGAGCUGCCAUUUCUUCCUCCACGACCACUGCGGCAACGCCAACCGCUACCUCAACCACCCAUCGCACCCCCUUCACCCUCUCGUCCUCUUCCCGGCCCCAACUUACUGCAGCGGCUCCUUCUUGUGCAACGCCUGCGGCUCGCCGGGGAGCGCUUUUUCCUACGGCUGCGCGCUUUGCGAGGUUGAUCUCCACCUCCACUGCGCGUUCUUGCCGCCCAAGGUGACCCACAAGGCCCACCAGCAUGAUCUGAUCCUCAGUUUUCCCGCCCCGGGGGGUCACAAGGAAUCGGUUGAUGAGUACUGCAAAAUAUGCACCAAAAAGAUGGAUUCUAAGCUCUGGUCUUAUUGCUGUGCUAAAAGUGAUGAUGAAUGUGAUUUUCGCGUCCAUACUUUCUGCGCCACCACGGAGGUCAAACCGGGGCUGUAUCAGGACCUGGAGUCUGAACCACCGCCGGCGCCGGCGCCGGCUACAAACUCAGGCGGUAAUCAGAGUCAGGGUGAAAGCAGUAGUUGUGGUCAGCUAACACCAGAUGAGGCGGCGGCGGCGGAAUUAUAUUCGCUUCAACUUCAGAUGCAAAUGAACCAGAAGCUUGCAGAGAUGAUGGCAUCAUUCAAUCUGAGUCAGUUUGUCUGA